CGUGCAUUUGCAGGACAUGGGCUGCAGGACGCGCCUCUGCCUCUGCCUCUGCCUGGCCCUGCUGCUGCCCCUGGCAGCCGCGCUGGACUUCGGCUACCACCACCAGCAGCAGAUGGAGGCGUUCUUGCAGGCGGUGGCCCGCGAUCACGGCUCCAUCACUCACCUGCACAGCGUGGGCACCUCGGUCCAAGGCAGAAACCUGUGGGUUCUUAUUGUGGGGCGGUUUCCAAAGGAACACAGAAUUGGGAUUCCAGAGUUCAAGUACGUGGCAAAUAUGCACGGAGAUGAGACUGUCGGGAGGGAACUGUUGCUCCACUUAAUUGACUAUCUUGUGACCAAUGAUGGAAAAGACCCUGAAAUCACACAGUUAAUCAACAGUACCCGGAUACACAUCAUGCCGACCAUGAACCCAGAUGGAUUCGAAGCUGUUAAAAUACCUGAUUGUUACUACAGUGAUGGAAGGGAGAACAGUAAUAACUAUGACCUGAAUAGAAACUUCCCUGAUGCUUUUGAGUUUAACAACGAGACAACUCAGCCUGAAACCAAGGCAGUUCUGGAGUGGCUGAAAACAGAGACCUUCGUCCUCUCUGCAAAUCUCCAUGGCGGCGCCCAGGUGGCCAGUUACCCAUUUGACAAUGGCAUUCCAGAAACUGGGACGUCACACUCUCGAAGCUUAACCCCAGAUGAUGAUGUAUUUCAAUAUCUUGCCUAUACAUAUUCUUCCAAUAAUCCCAGCAUGAAGAACGGAGAUGCGUGUAAAAAUCAUAUUAAGGCUCCGAAUGGAAUCAUAAAUGGGUAUUCUUGGUACCCACUAAAAGGUGGAAUGCAAGAUUACAACUACAUCUGGGCCCAGUGUUUUGAAAUUACUUUGGAGUUGUCGUGCUGUAAAUAUCCUCCUCCGGAGAAGUUGCCAUCCUUCUGGAAUGAUAACAAAGUCUCCUUAAUUACAUACAUCAAACAGGUGCACUUAGGUGUAAAGGGUCAAGUUUUUGAUCAGGAUAAAAAGCCAUUACCUAACGUAAUUGUAGAAGUACAAGACAAAAAACACAUCUGUCCCUACAGAACCAACAAAUUUGGAGAAUAUUACCUCCUUCUAUUGCCUGGCACCUAUUUAAUAAAUGUUACAGUCCCUGGAUACAGUCCACACUUCACAAAGGUGAUUAUUCCCCCCAAAUCUCAUCGAUUCAGUGCUCUGACAAAGGAUAUUAUACUUCCACUCCGAGGACACUUGGAUUCUGGCCCAGUAGCAAAUCCUUCAUGUCCUGUGAUUCCUCUAUACAGCAAUUUUCCAAGCCAUUCAGCUGCAACAAAGUCUAGUCUGUUCUUAUUAUUACUGAAUCUUUGUCACAUAUUUCUCAAGUAAAACAACGUCUGAAACUUGACUCCCAACGCCACCUGGAAUCAGGAAUUACUCACCCAAGUUACUGCAACUCUUAAAUCCCGAGGUGGGGCCUCCACUGAAUCAAGUCCAUGAUUCUGCCCUCGGAGGAGAAAUGGUUGAUUCCAAGUUCUCCAGCAAGCAAUCUGCAGUGGAACAAGGGAUGAUUUUUGUCAUGAUGGUGUACAGAAGGCGUCUCCCUAUCAAGUACUACCCACCGCUACUUUAUCUUGAAAUCAUUUAGGAUUUUUGUAUGAGGCUGAACUUGAGAAACCAAAACAGUUCCUUGAAGAGAAUAAAAAGGAACGAAUUUUGAACCCAGAGCCAAAUCAACAUAAGGAAUGCAGCUGAGCACUUAACUUACUCAUCCCCUGACCAUGAAAGCUCUAAACAGUUUUCCUGAUGUUCUAAGGACUUGUGAAAGAAGACAGCCAUGACGCAGUGGUCCAAGAAAAUAUGAUCCUUGUAGGAUCCCAAGUGUGUUAAAAUCCUCAACACAACAAAUGAAUCAAGUGUCCUUACUUUUCUGUACUGAGAUAUCAUAAGCCUCUGACCCACUGAUGAUUC